AUUUUGAAAAAUGUUCCGGUGUGCUUGAAAAAAAAAAACAAAAAAAGUAGUCUCAAAAGAAUAGGAAUAUGGGCGAAGGCUAAGUUGAUGGGCUGGAAAAAAAAAAAAAAAAAAGGUUGGCCGGAAAAUGCUUUUCAAAAAAUGCUUGCUUUCAACAACACAGACGAAUUCAAUCAUUCGCUGUGGUGUGUUGACGAAGUAUGUGUUGUCGUGGUCCAAGAAAAUUGAGCUCAUUUGCUUCCGGUGACGGCGCUAGACGUCCCCUCCGUUUUGAACAGGAGGGGCCAAUGAACGAGUUGGGACGGUGCGACAUCUUGCACAAAGUCGAAUGGAAAUGCGCCCUAGCGAAAAAGAAGCAGGUUCGUGUCGGCUUCACGCUCCACUCCAGUCCAGUAGGUAGCAGCAACACUCCCGAAUACGACAGACUAGAAGAAGAGCAAAGUCUUCCGGGUCGUUGAACCGUCAACCGGAAGCAAAGGGCGUAGACACGCCGCACGGCACGGCACAGCACUGCACGGCGGCAAGCGACGUUCGCGGCCAGAAAAGCCGAGCUCGGCGACUUCGUUGUAGUUUGCCCGCCGCCGUCAAACGCCGCACCGCACAGCGACAAACGUCACUCGGACGAAGAUGCGCGGAAGCCGCCCCAGGCGGCCCCAGCAGACGAGAGCCGACCCUAAGAGCUAACCCUCCGAGGGCCCGCCGCGGCUAGCAUGGACGAGCAAGCGCUGAUGGGGCUCGACCCCGGCGCCGACGCCCGCUACCGCCAGAGGGCGAUGGCGUACUUCGAGCAACUCAAAGAGUCGCAAGACGCCUGGGAGGUGUGCGCGCAAGCGCUCGCCAAAGGACUCUACGACGACGACCACGUCAAGUUCUUCUGCUUUCAAGUUCUGGAGCAUCAGAUCAAAUUCAGGCACGCCGGACUGAGCGGCGGCCAGCGGCAGCUCCUCCGAGAGACGCUGAUGAAGUGGCUCCAGUCUCAGUUGCCGCGGGCGCAGCCCGAGAAGAUCUUUGUCCGCAACAAAGCGGCGCAGGUGUUGGCGCUGACCUUCGUGGCCGAGUACCCCGCGCUCUGGCCGGAGUUUUUUUUCGACGUCCUGGCGCUGGUCGGCCUCAACCCGCGCGGCGUGGACAUCUACCUGCGCACGCUCAUGGCCGUUGACGGCGAGAUCGUGGACAGGGACGUGGCGCGGGCGCCGGAGGUGACCCGGCGCAACACCUUGAUCAAAGACGCCAUGCGGGAACAGUGCAUCCCCGGCCUGGUGGAGUCCUGGUUCCAGAUCCUGCACGCGUACCAGCUCGGCCACCCCGAGCUCACCUGCCAGUGCCUGGAGGUGGUGGGCGCUUACGUGUCCUGGAUCGACCUGGGCCUCAUCGCCAACGAACGGUUCAUCAACCUGCUGCUGGGCCACAUGUCGGUGGAGGAGCUGCGCGAGGAGGCCUGCGACUGCCUCCUGGAGAUCGUCAACAAGGGAAUGGACCCCGUGGACAAAACCAAACUGGUGGAGUCGCUCUGCACCGUUCUUCAGGCCGCCGGAUUCUUCUACGUCGAGCGGGAGGAGGACGUGGACUUCCUGGCCAAGUUCUCGCGUCUGGUCAACGGGAUGGGACAGAGCCUGGUCGCGAGCUGGACCAAACUGGCCAAGGCCGGCAGCGCCGAGGACGCGGGCGCCGCGCUGGACGCGCUGGAGGCCAAAGUGGCGCUGGCGCUGCGCCUCCUGGCGCACCCCGAUGACGACAUCUCCGCCAACGUGGUGGCUUUCUGCUACGAGUACCUGCACGUCCUCAAACAGCUGCCCGAGCUCAGCGACGGACGCAAGAACAACGCGGAGGUCGGUCCGGUUCGUCGGCCGCCGUCCACCGUUCUAGAUGCCAUCCUGCUGGCCGUCAUCAAGAAGUUGACUUACGACGACGAGUACAACUUUGACAACGAGGGCGAAGACGAGGCCAUGUUCGUGGAGUACAGGAAGCAGCUGAAGAUGCUGUUGGACCGUCUGGCCCAGGUGUCGCCCGAGCUGGUCCUGGGGACCGUCCGGCGAGUCUUCGCCGACACCAUGGGGAAGUGGCAGAGCUCGUCCUUCAUGGAGGUGGAAGUGGCCAUCAGGCUCCUCUACAUGCUGGGAGAAGCGCUGCCCGCCUCGCACGGAGCGCACUUCUCUGGGGACGCCGUCAAGACAGGGGUGCUGCAGGACAUGAUGACCACGUUGGUGACGUGCGGCGUGAGCGGCUACCGGCACACGUGCGUGUCUCUGGAGUUCUUCGAGACGGUCGUCCGAUACGAUAAAUUCUUCGUCGUCGAGCCGCGGCACAUUCCCGACGUUUUGAUGGCUUUCCUGGACCAGCGAGGCCUGAGACACAGCAGUCCCAAAGUCCGCAGUCGAGUGGCCUACCUUUUCUCACGCUUCAUCAAAACACUACACAAGCACAUCACGCCGUUCGUCGAAGACAUCCUGACGCGCAUCCAGGACCUUCUGGAGCUGGCCCCUCCCGACAAGAACUUCCCGGCGCCGCUGACCGGCGACGACCAGCUCUUCAUGUUCGAGGCGGCGGGCGUCCUGAUCGUCAGCGGCGAGAGUCCCGCGGAGCGCAAGCGGGCGCUGAUGCGCGGCCUGCUGGCGCCGCUCGUCGACGCCUUCCGCCCCCUGCUGGACAAACUGGCGGCGGAGACGGACGAGGAGGCCCGGGAGGCCCUCGCCGACUGCCUCGGCCACGCCGUGGCCUUUGUCAGUCGCACCAGCAAGGCCUUCAGCAACAAGCAGACGGUGAAGCAGUGCGGGUGCACGGAAGUCUACCGCGACUGCCUGCUGGCCUUCCUGCCGGCGCUGAGCUGCCCCGUCCAGCGGGGGGCGCUGCGCAGCUGCGUGCGCUCCUUCCUGCACCGCAUGAUCAUCUGCAUGGAGGAGGAGGUGCUGCCCUUCAUCCCCGCCGCGUCCGAGCACAUGCUCAAGGACUGCGAGGCCAGAGACCUGCAGGAGUUGAUCCCGCUCAUCAGCCAGAUCACCGCCAAGUUCAAACGGCAGGUGUCCCCGUUCCUCCAGCGGGUCUUCAUGCCGCUGGUGCUGUGCAUCUUCGAGGCGUUGGCGCGGCCGGCAGACGACAACGACCAGACGGCCGCUCUGGAGAAACAGAUGCUGCGCCGCAGCUACUUCGCCUUCGUCCUGACGGUGGCCGGCAGCGGCAUGAACGAGGUCCUGGUCAACCAGGGGGCGGAGAACGUGGAGCGCGUGGUCUUCACCAUCAUCCAGGGCGCCGUGGACUUCCCCGACCCGGUGGCGCAAAAGACCUGCUUCGCCAUCCUGGCCAGGCUGGUGGAACUCUGGGGCGGCAAGGCCGGCACGGCGGGCUUCGCCGACUUCACGUACAAGCACAUCGUGCCCGCCUGCUUCCAGGCGCCUCUCAAGCCCACCUUCGACCUGUCGGACGCUCAGACCGUGCUGACUUUGUCGGAGGUGGCCGUGACGCUGAAGACGGUCUACGUCAAGCAGGGCCCGGAGCUGUUGGAGUUCCUGCAGCGGGACUAUCUUCCGUCGCUGCGCGUGUCUCCCGAGGUGGCGCAGGAGCUUUGUCACGUCCUGCAGCAACCAGACGCCAAAGUCCUCAAGACCUACCUGAAGGUGUUCUUCCAGCAAGCCAAGCAGUAGCAGGUCAAAGGGCACGGGAAAGGAAGGUCACCGGGGGCGCGGACGACCAGACCGGACUGGACCCAUUUGUCCGUUUUUUUUUUUCUUUAAUCCUUCUCAAAAGGGCUGAAAUGUUUAUUUGUAUUUUUAUUUAAAAGUGGCAAAUAUGCAAACGAGUCAUCAGCGUCUCCGAGGACAAAUAAGCAGCCGGUGUAAAUAAGAUGAGACUAACCACUUUGAUUUGUUCCUUUUUACCGAGCGGUUUUGUGUGAGCAAAAAAUGAAAUACAAUCAUUCAAAAAAAAAAAAAGGAAAACCUCACUCGAGUUAUUUUUUUUUCUCCAUCAUCUUGCACUUGCUCCGGGGUCGGGGCGCGGGGGCAGCACCUUUAACAGGGAAGCCCAGACUUCUCUCUUCCCAGCCACUUCAACCAGCUCUUCCGGCGGGAUCCCAAGGCAUUCCCAGGCCAGCCGAGAGAU